AUGAGUGCCAACUACUCUCUCCUACACUCAAGAGAGAGCCAGGACGAGUCUAUUUCCGAUGUCGAAAAAAGCUCCCACCAGUCGCGGUACCGAUUCCCCUUCGGUAAACUGAGUUCACGUCCACGCUUGUGGUUGAAUCUAUGGGCCAUGUCCAACACGAUUUUCAGCAUAUUUCUUGUGAUAGCUGCCUUUGGCCUCAACUAUCAUGCAAGGUCGUUGGCGGAUAAGCCUGUACCUCCUUCCUCCCCCCUUCGCGAAGACGGCGCCGAGCGGUUCGUCAACACACAGUACAAGCCCAAUAAGAUCUUCCAAUCCCCUCCGUCAGAUGAGGUAGAUGCAGCCUGGAAUGAUUGGCUUAGGGACCAUGACCAUAUAGUCCGGGUCUCGGGGGAGAAAGCAAAGGACUUGGGCCUUCCUGAGGCCGUUGAACUGUAUGAGGAUCCCGGGUAUUAUGCCUACGGGCUAGGUGUUUACCAUCAAAUGCACUGUCUGAGCCGACUGCGGAAGUCGUUCUAUCCUGAGCGGUACUAUCCAAACGCGACUCAGCACGAAAUACUGCACCACAUAGGCCAUUGUUUUGAUGUCCUCAGACAAGCUAUUCUCUGCCACGGGGAUGUUUCUCUAGUAUACUGGUGGAACAAGAACUAUACCUACAUUGAUGAGGCUGGUACGAGGCAGUACACGCAAGAGUAUCUGCAAAGGACACCUGAAGAACGGGCAAAAGGGUCCUUCGUAACAUGGGACUCCGAGGUACAGUGCCGUGACAUGGAUGCCAUCAAUGCCUGGGCGAAGGGAAACGCAGUGAAUGACGAUGAUUACGGGGGACAGAUAGUGGACUGA